CACACGCCACCAGAGGAGAGUUAGUUAUUCUCGAGCUGAAGCUAUUGGCGGUUGAUACUUAAGUCCUAAGUUAACCGUCAAUUUGUCCCAUUCUUCAUACUUUAGAACACCCUUAUCCUUACUCAAAUUUCACCUCAGGUUAUCAUCGGUAGCAUAGACAAGAACAAUUUCCUGAUCAUGUCGACAACUUUUCCACUAGCUUCUGAGGAUCAAUCUGGGACCUCGGCCGCAUCUCCGGAGAUUGAACGGUCCACUAAGCAGGCACAAGCUGGAUGCCUUAAGCCAGAUGAAGUAUCGAUCUUAGAGGAUCAAGAGAACCAUGGGCCGGCCCUCAAGGAUUUCCGUGGUACUCGAUGCAUCUUAACGGUACGCUGGGGUGACGGGAAGUUCGAAUACAUCAAAAAAUUGGACGACAAUUCAAGAAACGGGCGUAUAGAAGUCUCCUCCACUCCGAAUCCUCAGACUGGACGGAUAACCCUCAUAUUUGACAUGUGCUUUGUCGAAUAUUAUCCGCGACAAACUACACAACCGCACGAGAAUGAUCGCUCUUUGCAAUAUGGAAACCUCAAUAAGGCUUUCUACGGGCAGCUGCCUGAAGGUACGCCGGCUUUUGGGGACAUGCGUGCGGAGUCUCCGGAGGAUUAUCCGUCAAAUCUCUCCACCAUCCCCAACUCUCCGGGCAGAGGGGAUCAACUGUCAGCCGUACAGGAUGGUGCGGUUGACCAGCAGUACCAAACGUCGGUAGAUGGCGGUAAAGGACUCAAACGGUCAAGUAAUCUGGAGGAUGUGUCUGUAGCAGGUGUGAAAAGACAGAGGCUAUCGGACCCGGAAAAUCCCGCACAUAAACAGGCUGGAUCGCGAGAUCUAGACGAUUAGUCAAGUAGCAAUUUUGCGGCCAUAGACUGAAUUCGAAUACGAGGAUGCGGGCCUCCAGGAGCUUGG